UCUCUACACUACGAGAGGCAUGUCCAGGAGCUUAUUGGGCCAGGGAGUAACAUAAAAACCCCCUGCCUGGCAUUGACCCCUUCUAUCAUUCAGAUCAGACUGGAAGCAGGAAAAGAGAAAGUAAACUUUACACAUAUCCACACAGUCAUGACUGGCCGAGAUGACAUCUCAGAAGGGAAAUCAAAAGUGAAGAUCCUUGCACCAACUGCAGGGAAUGAGAAGUCAGGACGGUUCCAUGGACCUACAAUGAGAUCCAAAGGAUUUGCAAUCACUGAUCUGCUCGGUCUGGAAGCAGAACUUCAGCCACCAUCAGUAUCUCUACCCAGCUGUGAAGGACAUGGAGGUGGCCUUGGUGGGGUCUCUUUGGCAAAUGGCUCGCUACCUCUUGGCUUGGGGUUCCUGUGUGGUUUUGCCUCUCAACAACCCACUGGGACUACCUGUCUUCUUCCAACUCACAUACCGUUUCUUCAGCCUAGAGCUGAUCAUCAGUACCUUCACAACACAGACAAGCACAAAGAAAACAUUUCUGAUGACGAUAGCCUUCUUGGUGAUAGAAACGAUCUGAAGGCAUCCAGCUCUCAAGCCAAACGAAAGAAAAGACGACACAGGACUGUAUUUACCGCUCACCAGCUGGAGGAAUUAGAGAAAGCUUUCAAUGAAGCUCAUUAUCCUGAUGUGUAUGCCAGAGAAAUGCUGGCUCUUAAGACAGAGUUACCAGAGGACAGGAUACAGGUGUGGUUCCAGAAUAGGAGAGCUAAGUGGAGAAAGCGUGAGAAGUGCUGGGGUCGAAGCAGUGUCAUGGCAGAGUAUGGGCUCUACGGUGCCAUGGUGAGGCACUCUAUCCCGCUGCCUGAGUCGAUCAUCAACUCAGCAAAGAAUGGACUGGUCGGUUCCUGUGCUCCAUGGUUAUUAGUAAGGCAAUGCGAUGAGCAGCGAUUAUGUGCAGCAACUUACAGCAACCAAUCAGAAAUCAUCUUACAUGAAAUUACUACAGGUAUGCACAAAAAGUCUGUAGACAUCCCGCAUAAACCAGACAUGGAUGAAAUGACAACGGAGAACUUCAGAGGGGACCAUUCCAUUGAAUCAGUUUUAGCCAAGCCUGUAGAAUCCCAAAGGAGCACGCAUGACAGAAACCAUGCAAUGGACACUUCAGAAGAGAGAGCUAUUGACCUCUCAAGCACAGCAAAACAAGAGGCACCAUGCAGUAUAAAGCACAUAUCAUUGGCUAGAGACAGUCAGAAUGACCUCACUGACAGUGAGCACUGAACAAACUGUUUCUUACAUCAACAGAAGAAGCACAUAGUCAAGUAUUGAUAAAGGAGAACAUGGCAUAGCCAUGAAGCACUGGCAUCAAUCCACAAUCAUAGACUUAAAUUAUUGUAAAAUAUUUCCAUAAGCAUUUUCUGAAGAUUUUUUAAAUGCAAUUUUAUAGCAAGAGAUUUUUAUGAACGUCUUUACCACAGCAUUAUAAGCUAACAAUGUAAUUUUGUAAAGUAUUUACUGCUUUCAUUUGUUUCUUAAAUUAGCCCUGCUCUUGCCCGACAAAAAACAUAUGCAGGUCCAUAUUUUUACUGUAGAAUUAUACAUUUUGAACAUGUCACCCAUACAAAGGCACAUAGAAAAGCUAUCAUUAAAUUAAUAGUAACAAAAUAUAUUACGUUAUUUUAGAUGCAAACAAUCUUGGUUAGUUUUGAACAAUUUGCAUAUGGUUACAAAAAAAAUUGCAAAUCAGAUCACAUUUUACAUAAUUUUGAUUGUACAAAAAAUGUAAAAAAAACAAGGUUUUGUUCUUUUUUAUGAAGCUCAAAGGUAUUAUUUUAGUUUGUUCAGCUUUUUACAUUUGGUAAUUUCUAAAACACUUUCAAUCAUAUCAAUCUCAGUAUUGGCAUUUAUUUUAAACCCUGCAAUUUUAAUUAUAUUAUUAUAAAAUUAUAUCUCUACACAAAUCUUUCAGUGUAUCAGAUGAUGUUCUUUCAUAAUAAGAGAGCAAUAAUACUACAAUUGUUUUGGAACAUAUUCAUUCAGGCCCAAAUUUUCUUAAAAAUUUU